GUAGAGGGGCCUCGUCGGCUGGUGGAGUGGGCGGUACCUAGAGCCGCUCUGGGAACCGGGGGCUCCCAGCUCACUGAUCCUGCUCGAUUCUAGGAACAGAUCCGGGGCAGGGGAAGACGAGCGCUUAGGGUUUUAGGGGUGCUUCCGCCGCCGCCUCUGGCGCUCCCACGACGACUCCCGCCGCCGCGGCCAAGUCGGCCUGUCAGUUCGCCAGCCCGCGCUGAGCGGGUCCUGCGGGUCGGGAUCAGAUCAAACAUUGCCUGGCUUAUUCACUCACAUAGCUGACGCUGACCUCUCAGAUUUCUUCAGGAUGCCUGCAGCCCUUGUAGAGAAUAGCCAGGUUAUCUGUGAAGUCUGGGCCAGCAACCUAGAGGAAGAGAUGAGGAAGAUCAGAGAAAUCGUACUCAGUUAUAGUUAUAUCGCCAUGGACACAGAGUUUCCCGGUGUGGUAGUGCGGCCAAUUGGUGAAUUUCGUAGUUCCAUAGAUUACCAGUAUCAGCUUCUGCGGUGCAAUGUUGACCUUUUAAAAAUUAUCCAGCUGGGCCUUACCUUCACAAAUGAGAAGGGGGAAUAUCCUUCUGGAAUCAACACUUGGCAGUUCAACUUCAAAUUUAACCUUACAGAGGAUAUGUACUCCCAGGAUUCCAUAGACCUCCUGGCUAACUCAGGCCUACAGUUUCAAAAGCACGAAGAGGAAGGGAUUGACACUUUGCACUUCGCAGAGCUGCUUAUGACAUCGGGAGUUGUUCUCUGUGACAAUGUCAAAUGGCUUUCAUUUCACAGUGGCUAUGAUUUUGGCUACAUGGUAAAAUUGCUUACAGAUUCUCGUUUGCCAGAAGAAGAACAUGAAUUUUUUCAUAUUCUGAAUCUUUUCUUCCCAUCUAUUUAUGAUGUGAAGUACCUGAUGAAGAGUUGUAAAAACCUUAAGGGAGGUCUUCAGGAGGUUGCUGAUCAGUUGGACUUGCAGAGGAUUGGAAGGCAGCACCAGGCAGGUUCAGACUCCCUGCUGACUGGAAUGGCAUUCUUCAGGAUGAAAGAGCUGUUUUUUGAGGACAGUAUUGAUGAUGCCAAGUACUGUGGGCGGCUGUAUGGUCUUGGCACGGGUGUGGCCCAGAAGCAGAACGACGAUUCGGACUCUGCUCAGGAGAAGAUGAGCAUCCUGGCAAUCAUCAACAACAUGCAGCAGUGAUGGCUGCAGUUCUACCCUGCAAGGGUGGGCCUGUCCCCGAAUGGUGCUUCCUGUACUGACUCUUACCUUCCCCAAGAGAAACGCUUCUUUUGAGCAAACUAUACCUACCAUCUGCACUGAGCAGAAAGACUUUUGUUUUAUUGAAGACAAAGAUGUCUUUAUUUUAGAUCCAGAAGAGGGGAACUUGCUCUGAAUUUGUAAAUAGUUCGUCCUCAUUCCUCACCCCAUGCCGCUUCUCUCUGGUUGCCUCCUGCCACCAGCAUCCACAGCUCACUGACACCUUUUUAUAUACCCAGGACAAGUCCGAAACAAACAAGUAAAAUGUAUAGAACUCUUAUUUGUUGUCAUUCUUUUUUCUUUUUAACUUUGUUGCUAAUCUCUGAUGAAGAUUCUGAUUCUCAGCUAAGCUGAGGGCUUCUAGGGAAAAUGGCAUAGAACUGUGUUCUCAGGAAGCGAGUUACAGAAAUUGAGUCUUUGCCUUUCCUCUUCUGUCACUUCCCAAAGACAUUUGUUUUUUUCUUACACUUCGGUAGUCUGUCUUUAUGGAAAUGAAUUGCUUCUAUACUGAUGCAUAAAGACAGUUCUACUGAAUCUGUCUGUCCUUCAUUUGUGGCCAACUCCAGAAUGGGUAUUAAGGUGACUGAAGCAUCUUAAUGUCUGAGCUCCAAGGUGCCACUAUUUGCUGUUGCUUAAUGUAUCAUCUGAAGUCAUUUAAAGCUGUUAAACAAUAAAAUAGCCUGGGCUUGAUCCUGAAGGAAAUGAAUAAGCUCAAACUUUGGGGUGUUAAGCCUGUAAUUUUUCAGUUAUGUGAUGUCAGAGGUAAGUGGCAUUCUCCUAGCACGUCUCCCUUUUCCCUGCCUUUCUGAAAGUCCAGCAAAUCUGAGAAAAUAGGGGGAUGGAUGAAUGAAUGCAUCAGGAAUGGGAGCCCAGAAAAGCUAGUUACUUGUAAAAGGCAAACAGUCAUUUGGUUUUGAGAGAUCUCUUGGAGUCAUUAAUAUCCCACACUGGGGUAGGAAGCUCAGGACUUUGUUUUAUUAAGAACUAGUCAUUUCAAAAGUAAAUGGCUACUGAAUGGACAAAUUUGACAAAUACUCUUUGGAGUGGUAGAAAAAUGGUGACUCACUGAAGUGAAUGACUUGUCUUGCAAUUUUAAAAGCUUAUGGAAAACUUAAUUUGAAGUGAUUAAAAAAUGUCAAGUAUUAUCAGCUGAUAUUUGAAAUGCUUGUAAAUGUUAUUUAUGUUUUUAAUUUUGUAAAUAAAGAUUUCUUUUUAACCA